CCGGGCGCGCCGGGCGCGCAGGGCGGCGGCGCAAUCUUCACCAUGGCGUACCCGGGGCACCCUGGCGCCGGCGGCGGGUACUACCCAGGCGGGUACGGAGGGGCUCCCGGAGGGCCUGCGUUCCCCGGACAGACCCAGGAUCCGCUGUAUGGUUACUUUGCUGCUGUUGCUGGACAGGAUGGACAGAUUGAUGCUGAUGAGUUGCAGAGAUGUCUGACCCAGUCAGGCAUUGCUGGAGGAUACAAACCUUUUAACCUGGAGACAUGUCGGCUGAUGGUUUCAAUGCUGGAUAGAGAUCGGUCUGGCACGAUGGGAUUCAAUGAAUUUAAAGAACUCUGGGCUGUACUGAAUGGCUGGAGGCAACACUUCAUCAGUUUUGACAGCGACAGGAGUGGCACGGUGGAUCCUCAAGAACUGCAGAAGGCCUUGACAACAAUGGGAUUUCGGUUGAAUCCCCAAACUGUGAAUUCAGUUGCAAAACGAUAUAGCACCAGCGGAAAGAUCACCUUCGAUGACUACAUCGCCUGCUGUGUCAAACUGAGGGCUCUCACAGAUAGUUUUCGACGACGGGAUACUGGUCAACAAGGUGUUGUGAAUUUCUCAUAUGAUGAUUUCAUUCAGUGUGUCAUGACGGUCUAAGUCAGGAGGAAGCCAGAAGGAUGUCAGAGGAAUGAAAUCAACAUUCCAGCUUGCCUUUGCUUACUCUGCCUUCUUACAUUGCCACUUUCCCCUGACAGCUUUUGUAAUGAUUUAUUACAUUAUGCACAACUGAAGCUUUGGUUUUAGUUUUCAUAAUAAAUUUUCUGCAAGUUUUAAGAAUAUAAGAUUAAGUCUGUUAAACUAAGUGGAACUUCCUGAAACUAUUAUCAACUAUGCCUUGUAUUCCUGCUUCAGUCUCUUUUAUAUAAACUUAACUUUGUAAAAUGUUUAACCCAUAUUACAUAUUUUUUUCAUUGUGAGAUAUAUAAACCUUUUAAUUAGACUGAACUGUUACCUUGCCUCUUCUAGAAGAUUAUGAAUGCAAGUUUUAUGUGUGGGUAUCUUAUAAUUGUUUCACUGGGAUGCAAAAAGCAAGCAAACCAAACAUAAUCAGGGUAGAAAUUUAGUAGAAAUUGAGCACAGACUAAAUUUACACUUACAUAGAUGUAACCUUACAUGUGGCCACAUACAAUGGUUCAUGCCUAUAAUCCCACCAGUUGGGUUAUAAGACAAGAGGGUUAUGAGUUCCAAGAUCCGUAUGGGGUACAUAGUGAAUUGAGGUUAAAAAAAAAGGCAUCUUUUGAUAGCCUUAUGAAUGAACAGAGAAUGUGGAAACAGAUUUAUUUUCUACCUGUUCAAAAGCUAUUGGUAAUUAGCAUAGCAAAUUAUAUCACUAAGUCCUUCUUUGUUCUCAUUCAUUUAAACUUUUGUUUCCAAGUCUUGUAGAUUAGAAAAACACUAAGAGGACAUCUGAAAAUAUUAACUGGUUUUUGUGUG